AUGGGAAAUAAUCCCUCUACUGCUAACAUGCAGAAUAAAAGGGUAAGCCAGCUGGCCCAGGAGCCCAGGGGGCGCCAAGACUCAAUUACGUCACAGCUGUUCCCAAGCAGGACAUCGGGACGCAACCCGGAGUCCAAAGUAGGUUGGAAAAGCCGGGUCCUCCAUGGAAAUAGACCAAGUGCUUCCCCAGCGUCCACGCCGCCGGUUCAGUCGCCCUUCCGCAAAAAUUACACAUUGGAAGUCACGACUGAGUCAGCGCCUUACAACCUCAAGAAGAGCAUAUCUGGAAACCCAGCACCACCGAUGUGCACUACUACGCAUGCUAGUGCGGAUGAGUCGUCGUCGUCAUCUCUCAGAGACCACCUUGCGGAACUUUCGUUGCAGAACUCAGAAAGCCAACCCAACCGAAAGACCAGCCCUGGGCUGGGGCCGGCGCCGGCGCCGGCGCCAGUAUUACGCAGCCCUGGACCUUCAACCCCUGUGGUGAAGUACACCAAGCACGAUGCUAUUUCAGAUCAAAUUUCUAGUAUCACUUCGCUAAAAAAAAUGCUAGUUGAGGGGCGCGUGGGCGAUAACAUCCAUCCACCGCCUACCUCGAUUGACAUUCCAAGGAGGCCAAGCGCCGCGCUUUCAGAUGCCUACUUCUCCGAUGACGGGGAUGACGAAGAAUCGCUCUUGCAAGGCACAAACGACGUUGUUAUCAAUAAUUCAGUGCUUGAAAAUGCUAUGAAGAGAAAACGAGGCACGAAGAAAAAUAAAGGCGUUGGAGCCUCCUCUGAAUCACACGAGCAUAUUUCUUACCCCGGUUUGAAGAAGCUGAAACCUUUAGAACACGGUGGAGACAAAAGGGACCUCCCUCACUUCCGUGCAAUGCAUCCCAGACCUUCAGAAGACAACGUUGGGCCAGAUUCGGCAGCAAUACCAAGGCUUAUAACGGAUAGCCUAAAUCGUAUCGAUUCCUUCGAAAAGGGGACUGUUGAGCACUACGAGGGCGCUAACGAAAGCGGCUUUAGCUCCCAAAACUUGACUUCAUCGGACAUGCGCGAUUCCGAUGACGCAGACGAAGACAGAGGCCCGGGAACGCAUGUUAUAUUGAAUUGGAAAGACAACAUUGUUGAUCCGAAGACCUGCAAAAUGUCCAUUGUGAGUAAGGAUAUUUCGUCGACAUUGAAUCCCCACAAAAAAUUUAGUAAAAUACCAAUGGUGUUUGAUAUGGAACGGAACUGCUGGACAGCUCACGACCUAUACCUACCUUCGGGUGUUUACAAAUUUCAAUUCUUGAUUAAUGGUGAGCUACGUCAUUCGGACUACCUACCCACAGCUACUGACUCCUUCGGAAACUGUGUGAACUGGUUCGAAGUUGUUGAAGGGCAUGACAGUAUUGAACCUUCAAGAGAUGUAAUUUCCUCUGAGGACGUCAAAUUAUCGAAAGAUCAAAUCGCUGUUGAGCAACCUGCCCCAGAGAGACCCGCUUUGGGUUCAGACGGGUCUUCGUCGUCUAACUGGAAAGGUUCGUCGAGACAUGUCGAGCGUUCUGGAACCCCGUUUUCAGAUUAUACCGGUCUCUGUAGCAGGUCAGAGCUAACAAAACCCGAGCUCCGUCACAAUAACACUAGCAGUUAUGAUUUGCUAGCUCCAGUCCCGCGCCCAAAGUAUGAAUACACUGACGAAAUCCCAGAGCUUUUCAAGGCUAAUUUUGAUGGAUCGUUAGUACCGCCUCCCUAUGAGGAGAGAGAGCUUACCAAAGAUGGAAGUCAGAAGCCACCUAGCUUUUUACAUCGCGUUCAAGACUGUAAUCAGGACGUUUUAUUCGCAGAUUUACAACAAAACGGUCAGAUCGAUUCCCAAGCUGCUGAGGAGGCUUUCCUUCAGCAGUAUCCAACGCCUGACCUGCCUGUGUACCUGGACUCAUCUUUCCUUAAUGCAGUUUUUAGCGGUUUUCAAGACAAAACCGAUUCCAAAACUAGGGUCAACCACAUUGUCCCUCACGUCAACCUAAAUCAUCUUUUAACGAGCAGCAUCCGUGACGAAAUAAUAAGUGUUGGGUGCACAACAAGAUAUGAAGGAAAGUUUAUUACGCAGAUAAUUUACACGCCGUGUUAUUACAGCAAUAAGGACGGGGCGCAUUGA